UCUUAACAACAUGAAGUUCUCUGUGUGUCGAAUUCUUCAAGCUAAAUGCAUAAUUUAUUUAUUAAUUUUCUCUUCAGUGAAGUCGCUGAAUGUGUUACAACAGUUGGAGGCUAUUUACGAGCAGUCAGAGGGUUUACUAAACAGUUUAAAGGAUGAACUUAAAUUAUUAGAAACUGUUGAGCCAUAUCCCACAUCCUGCCUGAGUUCUGAGACCAAAGAGAAUGGCUUAUACACGAUGAAAGUACCAGAACUGCCUCCCUUUUCGGUUUACUGUGAGAAUCAAAUAGCUGGCCCCGGUUGGCUUGUGAUCCAGCGCAGGUUUAGUGGUAAUCUCAGUUUCUUCAGGAACUGGGAGGAGUACAAGAAUGGUUUUGGGGAUCUCAUGGGGGAGUAUUUCCUGGGUCUCGAGAAGAUACGCGCCUUAACAGCUCUAGAACCGCAUGAGCUGUACGUUCACUUGGAAGAUUUCGAUGGGGAGAAGAGACAUGCCAAGUUCGAUGAGUUUGCUAUAGGUAGCGAGGAGGAUGACUAUGUCAUGAAUGCGUUGGGCAAAUACACGGGAACUGCAGGAGAUUCCCUUCGAUCCCAUCGGAAAAUGAAGUUCACUACAUAUGAUAGGGAUAAUGAUCGUGAGUUUAAUCGGAACUGUGCCUUUUACUACCUCGGAGGUUGGUGGUACAAUGCCUGCUUGGAUAGCAACCUUAAUGGCCAGUAUAUGCCUGGUGGCAAGUACGAGGAAGCACUCUUCGCCCGCGGCAUGUGCUGGCGCUCUUGGCGUGGCCACAACUACGGCUAUAGGAUCACCCAGAUGAUGAUACGACCCAAGUGCCGAAAGCUACCCUCGUGAUUCAUCCCAAAGAACAUUAUUCAUUUUCCUUGUGGCCUCAAAGAUCAACGUGCAAACAAUUUGUUAUGAACUUGAUUAACAUGCAAAAAGUGUUGUCAUUGAAUCAUCAUCACAUUCUUUACUCUGUGAGAGAAGCUAUA